UUCCGCCGAUCCUUCUCAAGUCAGCCGCCUCUCUGCCGCCGUGAGGCCAUCGUAGUUUCAUUUAUUGGGUGAUGGUCUUCAAUCUAUCACGCUCCAGUUUAACAGAGUGAUUCGGUGGAAAGGCCGGUGAUUUUAUUCAGAGACUUUGACAGGAAACGGGCAGAGAUGACGACGCGAUCGGAGAGGGAAAAGGCUCUGAAACUGAACGAGCAGCAUCAGGCCAUUCUGUCCAAAAUGCUGAGAGAGGAUGAUAACAAGUACUGCGCCGACUGCGAAGCCAAAGGACCUCGAUGGGCCUCUUGGAAUCUCGGUGUGUUUAUUUGCAUACGCUGUGCUGGAAUCCACCGGAACCUGGGAGUGCAUAUAUCACGCGUCAAAUCAGUCAACCUGGACCAGUGGACCCCCGAGCAGAUACAGAGUGUGCAGAGCAUGGGCAACACCAAGGCAAGACAACUGUAUGAAGCUCAUCUCCCAGAAAAUUUCAGAAGGCCACAAACCGACCAAGCCGUGGAGUUUUUCAUCAGGGACAAGUAUGAGAGGAAGAAGUACUUCGAUAAAAAUGCUGUCAACGGAGCCAUUAAGUCCUCCGAUGCUGCUUUGCCUUCAGUUUUGUCUCCCACUUCUCAAGCAGCUGAGAAAAGCAAACUGGAGAAGGAGAGAGAGAAGAAAAAGGAGGAGAAGAAGAGGGAAAAGGACACAGAUAAAGGGAACAAGCCAGCAGCAUUUGAGAAGAAGAGAGAGGACAACCAGACAGAUUCCAGGACCAGUCCAAAGAAGAGCACAGAGCUUGCCAUCGACCUGCUAGGCCUUGAUGCACCCACAGCCAGCUCUGCUAGCAGUGGGGUGGGAACAAGCAGUGCAGCUUCAAUCAGUGAUGACCUAGACAUAUUUGGACCAAUGGUAUCCAACCCUUUGCCCUCAAGCACCAACACAAACCAGGCCAGUUCCAGUAAAGCAGCUGGGAGUGUUCAGGCCAGCUCUGCUGCAGGGGCCUUAGCAGUUACUGUAGGCACAGGAAGUGCUGCUCCGGCACAGGGAGAUCUGGACCUGUUCAGUGAAAACAGUGGGAGCAGCAAAGCAGAGGAGUCAGCCAAGAAACCUCUCUCCAAGGACACCAUUCUCUCCCUCUACGGCUCCAGCACUGUCCCACAACAGCCUCCACAAGCUACUGCAAUGUUCAUGGGCCCAUCCCAGAUGCAGUUCCCAGCACAGCCACAGGGGAACUUCCAAGCCUUUCCUGGCAUGGCAGGGGCCAUACCACCCACUACCAUGAUGGGAGCCGUCAUGGGCCAAGGUGGAGCAAUGAUGGGCCAGAAUACAGGCAUGAUGGUUGGCAUGACAAUGCCUAAUGGUUUCAUGGGAAACACACAGCCAGGGGUGAUGGGAUUGGCCCCAGGCAUGAUGGGACCUCAGGGUAUAGUGCCCCCUCAAAACAUGUAUGCCAUGCAACCAGGUCAGCAAGGCCAGUGGAAUAUGGCACAGAUUAACCAACAGAUGUCUGGAAUGAACCUGAACGGUUCUGGUGCUCCAAUGGCAUUCGGGCCACCUGGUGCCCCCAUGGGUGGCUGGGUGGCACCGCCCUCUGGUCAAACCCUCAGCACCCAGCUCUGGAAGUAAAUGAAAGAGGGAAGGUGGAGGACAAGGGGCACAGCAUCCUUCCAUCUCCCCUCCACCAACACCCACGUCCAGAGUUUUAUUCAUGUAUUUUUUUCCCCCUUCUCUUUCCUACCAUUACUAUGGAGAGCAUCGACUCAAUUUGUCCUCCGUGUAUUGAUCAAGUGAGCAAGAGUAUGGAGUUUAAGAGACUGGCAGCUUUGUCCAUCUUAUUUGCAAUUUUUUUUCUUAUAUAUAUAGUUUUUUU